CGGACGGGGACUCGUUCGGAAAUUAAUGCAGUUUCGCUCAGAGAAUAGCGGCCACGGAUCGAAACCUUCAAGCUGGUGUGACAGCUCCUGUAUUGAGCACUGUGGAGAGACUUCGUUUGUUUUCUUGUGCGUGCUGUGUGUUCGGCCAGCGGCUCGCGUGUGCAUAUGAGUGUGUACUUCAUUGAGUACAGUUGUUUAUUAAUGCCCUUCGCUGCUUGUCUGUUUAAAGGCUGGACUGUGCUGCUUUGGUGAAUGGUGGGAGAGUUAGAUUACGACUGCAGCUCCGCCAGGUAGUCGACGAUCGACAUCAGAAUGAACAGCAUGGAGGCCAGACGGGCGGAGCUAGAAAAGAAACGGCAGAAGCUGGAACAGCUCCGUAAUGAACGUCUCAAAGCCAAAGAAGAAAAAGAACGCCAGCAAAGGCUACAGGCUGCUGCUGCGGGGACUGGCGAGGCGUCCAUUGCUGCGCGAUCUGAUGUGGACGACAUCCUUGACUCACUGGGCAUUAGUCUAUUAUCGGGAAAAGAUUCGCCUCUAGGAUCUAGUGGAGUGGCGGGAUCGGGGCACUCGGUGGGAGUUGGUGGAGAUACUCCGGAUGUCCACUCGAUUGCCUCAUCCGUUCAAGCAACGCCCACCAGAAAAGCGAGGAAAAAUGUAGCUCUUCAGGUGGUUACGGUAAACCAGAGCAAUAUCCCUCCUAAGGAGUGCGUUAUGUACUCAAAAACAACACAGACUUUACCAGGAAACGAUAGAGAAGGAGGUUAUGGCGGCAAGGGUCGAAAAGCCACUCAACCCGUGGACUACUAUGUACUGACGCACUGGGACGAAGAAUGGGACGACGAAUUCCAAGAAGAUGUUCUUACAUAUGGCGACGAGGAGAACGAGGAAGGUGGCGCUCCACCAUCGCUAGAAGCGAUGCAUCAAAAGGCCCAGCAAAUGGCUGCUCAGCACGCCCAACAGGGACAUCAUCCAGUAGGACAUCAUGCCGGAGCACCCCCAGGACAUGGGAAUGCUCGAGGUGUCGAGGAGUUGGACGAGCUGAUUAAGAAGAAGGAGGAAGAGAUCCGAAAAGCCAUCCGGCUUCUGAACGAAGAGGAAAGACAACAGAUCUACCUCAGUCCUGAGUUCCGGACCUUUAUGGAUCGAUCAUCACGUAUCAUGGAGCGGGCCCUUACCGAAGACGUGGAUAUUUUUACAGACUACGCCGGAGCUGCCGAGGAGACUGAAGCAGAGGAUAAAUCGCGCAUGAAGUUGUCGAAGUCACGAAUGUUUUUUGCUGAGCAGUGGUGCCGCAACAAGUUAGUCACAAGCUUUGAUUGGAGCUCACAGUUUCCCGAGUUAUUUGCGGCUUCUUACACACCUAUCGACGAUCGGGAAGCCGAGGGACUUGUGAUGAUUUGGAAUAUGAAAUACAAAAAAGACACUCCUGAGUACAUCUUCAGGAGCCAAUCUGGUGUGAUGUCGACAUGUUUCGCAAAAUUCCACCCGAAUCUCGUCAUCGGAGGCCUGUACUCAGGUCAGAUCGUCGUAUGGGAUAAUCGGUCACACAAGAAGACUCCGGUACAGCGAAGUCCACUUUCGGCUCAAAGUCACACUCAUCCCGUCUACUCGAUACAGGUGGUAGGAACACAGAACGCGCAUAACCUUGUGUCAAUCUCGACUGACGGCAAGUUCUGUUCGUGGUCGUUGGAUAUGCUCUCACAGCCGCAGGACACUCUUGACCUUAACCACGCCAAACAGUCGAAGCCAGCGGCUGUUACUUGUAUGUCUUUUCCUCAUGGUGAAUUCAAUCACUAUGUUAUCGGGUCAGAGGAGGGAACCGUGUAUUCAGCUUGCAGACAUGGAUCAAAGUUGGGCAUUAUUGACUCGUUUGAUGGCCAUCACGGGCCGGUGACGGGUAUACAGCAUAAUAAUACCGUUGGACCAGUGGAUUUCUCAUAUUUAUUCCUCACAUCGUCGUUCGACUGGACCGUGAAACUGUGGAGUCUGAAGGAGUCGAAGCCGAUCCAUUCGUUUGAAAACAAUUCUGACUACAUUUACGACGUAGGAUGGUCCCCGUACAAUCCAGCUGUAUUCGCUACCGUUGACGGGACAGGCCGACUUGAUUUAUGGAACUUGAACAGCGAUGCCGAACUUCCUACUGUCAGUGAAGUUAUUGAAGCACCGAGCCCGAAAGACGAACCGCCUGCUCUCAACAGGCUUAUCUGGUCACAAACAGGACAUCAAAUCGUUGCUGGAGAUGAUGACGGGCGCUGUCACGUCUACGAGGUCGGAGAUCAACUGGCGAUGCCGAAACAUGAUGAAUGGAACAAACUCUUGAGAAUGAUCCAGGAACUGAAGAGCAACAACCAGGUCGACGAAGAUUUGAGUGUCAAGAAUCUUGCGUGAGAACUCUUAUCCAGUAGUCACGCCACGCAGUAGGUUUUAACAUUCGCAUGUGUGCAGUCACGCUAGCUAGAAGCUGGUGACACGGAUGGUUCGGCAACUUCAUAAAAGAAUCCUCUAUUUUGAGACCGGUUAUUACAGGACUUCAGAAUAAAUUCCAGUGCUCAUUAGCAUAUAAUUGAUGAGCUGGUGUCCAUCAACACAUGAUCUGUUUCGCUAACCCUGAAAGAGAGCAUUUACAAGCCAGCUAAUAAAAUAUCACCCAGUGCCGGAGGGCGAUCGAACGGUUACAAGUAUAUAUAGAAAUAUACUUACGGAAUAAAUCCUGAGCGUGCAUAGUAAAAAAACUUCUUUUUACAUAAAAAUUAGAUACGGUGUGCUGGAGAGAGCCAUAUCAUACUUUUAGGAUGAUACUAUUUGUGUAUAACGAUUUAUGCAGGAAGUGGUACUCCCAAAAAGGCCCCGAUCCACAUUUUCUCCACAGCUGGUCGGCGCGCUGAGUGACUAAGUGUUAAAUCAUACAGAAGGUAAUAGUUUUAUUUUAAUAUUUUUGGAAGCUUCAAAGAGGAGGAAGGCAGAAUACACAUGGAAGUAUUUUGCUAAUCCUGUGGCAAUAAUGAAAAUUAACGAACGUAAGGUAGAGUAACAAUUUUAAAAAAAUAAAAUGUGCUU